AUGGAUAUGAGUGCAAUGACCGAACACAUCGACCUGUCGAGCGGUUGGCCCAACCCCGCCCUCCUCCCCGCCAACCUACUCCGCACCUCCGCCACAGAGGCCCUCUCCAACCCCUCCGUUAAAGACACAGCCCUACAUUACGGGGCCGAUGAAGGCUAUGAUUCUCUACGCACACACAUUGCAGAGUGGCUGAGCACCUUCUAUCAGCCUUGCGCUCCAGUCACCGCCCCACGUGUCUGCAUCACCGGCGGCGCGAGUCAGAACCUGGCCUGCGUCCUCCAAGUGUUCACAGACCCCAUCUACACCCGCAAUGUCUGGAUGGUGGCACCGACCUAUUUCCUGGCCGCGCGCAUACUAGACGACGCCGGCUUCGCCGGCCGCCUACGAGGGAUCCCAGAAGAUGACGAAGGCAUCGAUCUAGAAUUCCUGGAAAAGGGUCUUCAGGCCGCAGAGGCAACAGCCCAACAAGAUGGCAAUACCCAUCCAGUAGGACAUGACCCGCGCGUGGACCUCACUGUGAAGCUGAAACCCGCCAGGCCCUGGCGCAAGAUCUACAAGCAUGUCAUCUAUGCGGUGCCGACGUUCGCGAAUCCCUCUGGUAAGAUCAUGUCGCUGCGGCGGAGGGAGGGGCUGGUCCGGAUUGCCCGGCGUUACGAUGCACUCAUCCUCACGGAUGAUGUGUAUGACUUCUUACAGUGGUCUCCGACGCCUGGUGGACCGUUUCCCGAUCGGGCGUGCGUCCCGCGCAUCGUCGAUGUCGAUCGGUACCUGGAUGGUGGCCCAGUCGAUGAAUGGGGACACGCAAUAAGCAAUGGUAGCUUCAGUAAGCUAAUCGGUCCAGGUGUCCGCACUGGCUGGGCCGAGGCGUCGGAUAAGCUGGCCUACGGAUUAUCGCAGACUGGCUCUUCGCGAUCAGGUGGCGCUCCUUCACACCUAACCGCCGCCAUCAUAGACCAGCUCUUCCCAACUGAAAUCACUGCGCAUCUCCAGAACCAGCUUAUCCCCAGCUACGCAAGCCAGUACCACACUUUGGUUUCUGCCAUCCACGAGUAUCUAGUUCCGUUGGGCGUUACAGCGUAUCCACCCGGCGCCGUGUCCGGAGGCUACUUCAUCUGGCUUAAACUACCGGAAGGACUGAACGCCUCCCAAGUGGCUGAGCAAGCGCAAGAGGCGAAAGUCCGAGUAGCCUCCGGUGUCGCGUUCCAAGUGCCCGAUGAUCCGAGUGAUACCCCAGCGGUAUUUGGGGACCAUAUACGCCUCUGCUUUGCGUGGGAAUCGUCGCGGCACUUGACGGAAGGCGUGCGUAGACUAGCGCGCGUUUUGGAGCGUAUGAAGAACGGUACUGUUACUCGUACGCAAUAG